AUGUCGAACACAAAGCCCGCCGCUGCCGCCGCUGCUUCAAGCGAGAAGCCCGAGAGCUUCAACGACAGCAUCCUGCCCAAGUACAAGGUGGCUGGUGAGAUCUCUGCCAAAGCGAUCAAGGCUGUGAUCGCAGCAGCUGGCGAGGGCAAGAGCGUCCUGGAGCUGUGCAACGUCGGAGACAAAGUGCUCGAGGAGGAGACCGCUGCAGUGUACAAGGGAAAAAGCAUCGCCAAGGGCAUCGCAUUCCCCACGACGCUUUCGUUGAACAACGUGGUGUGCAACUACUCGCCUUUGCCUACGGAUGAGGAGCAGAUCACCUUGAAGAAGGGCGACGUUGUCAAGGUUCAAUUGGGAGCUUAUAUCGACGGUCUUCCCGCUAUCACGGCCGAGACGUUUGUCGUGGGUGCCGACAAGUCGAACCCUGUAGAGGGCCGAUCGGCUGAUGCGAUCAAGGCUGCGCUCGUUGCCGCCGACGUGGCAAUCCGAGUGAUGAAGCCCGGCGUGCUCAACACCGAGGUGAGCAAGGAGAUCGAAGCCGCCAUCAAGCAGUUUGACUGCAAAGCCGUCGAGGGAAUGCAAACCAACCAGUUCUCCAAAAACGAAAUCGACGCCAAGAAGAAAAUUGUCCUCAACGCCGAACCCGGUUCGCGCCCCGACACGAUCAAGCUCGAAGAGGACGAGAUUUACGGCGUCGACAUCUCGGUCACCACGUCGGCCGAAGGCAAAACGCGCUCCGACGACAGCAAGACUACCAUCUACCGCAAAACCAACAACACGUACCUGCUCAAACUGCAAACCUCGCGAAAAGUGCUUUCCGAGAUCCAGAAGAAAGCCGCUUCGUUCCCAUUCAACCUCAAGAGCCUCGAAGACGUCAGGAGGGCCCGAAUCGGAGUGCAGGAGUGCGCAAAGCACGGUCUCCUCACCCCGUUCCACGUGCUCGAGGACAGCGACAAGAAGGCCAUCACCGCACAGAUCUUCUUCACCGUCGCUGUCAACGCAAAGGGCGCUAUCAGGAUCACCCCCGCCCCCACCUGGGCAAACGACGACAUCCUCAAGCCAUCCAAGCAGAUCACCGACGAAAAGAUCAAGGCCCUCCUCUCCACCGCUGUUCGCCAGACAAAGAAGAAGAACAAGCCCGUCCCCGCCACUGCCGCCUAA